CACACUUAGAUCUUCUAAAACCCUUAAAAACAAAAUAUUCAAGAUGAGUUUGGUAAGAUCAGUAUGCUUAUUCAUUACCUUCCUUAGCUAUCUAGCCAUCUCGGUCCAUGGACAAGCCACUGCAAGGCCCGGUGCUGGUUCUGGCACGAGGGUUGGGUUUUACUCGACCACGUGUCCUACCGCCGAAACCAUUGUCCGAAACGCCGUGACAGCUGGAUUCAACUCUAACCCGAGAAUCGCACCCGGGAUACUAAGAAUGCAUUUCCACGACUGCUUCGUCCUAGGCUGUGAUGGUUCGAUCCUUAUCUCGGGAGCUAACACCGAGCAAACAGCCCGUUCGAACGUCAACCUCCGUGGAUUUGACAUCAUUGACAACGCCAAAACACAGCUCGAAGCUGCUUGCCCUGGAGUCGUCUCUUGUGCUGAUAUUUUAGCUUUAGCCGCUCGUGACUCUGUCGUCCUCACAAGAGGAAUAAGCUGGCAAGUACCAACAGGGCGUAGAGAUGGUCGCGUUUCCUUGGCUUCGAACGCUAACAAUCUCCCUGGUGCCGGUGACUCCGUCGCCGUUCAACAACAGAAGUUCUCCGAUGUGAGACUGAGUACACGUGAACUCGUCGUCCUCGUCGGAGGACACACGAUCGGACAAGCAGGUUGCGGUGCAUUCAGGAACAGGCUAUACAACAGCACUACAGGCCCAGCGGAUCCAACCAUUGACCCGACAUUGUUGGCGCAGCUUCAGACACAAUGUCCCCAAAACGGUGAUGCAUCAGUACGUGUUGAUCUCGACACUGGAAGUGGUACCACUUUCGACACCUCAUACUACAACAACCUAGGCCGUGGCCGUGGAGUCCUCCAAUCCGAUCAAGUCCUCUGGUCCGAUCCAGCAACUAGACCCAUUGUGCAACAGUUGAUGAGUCCAAGAAGCACAUUCAACGCUGAGUUUGCUAGGGCUAUGGUCAGGAUGAGUAAUAUUGGUGUGCUUACCGGGGCUAAUGGUGAAAUUCGUAGGGUUUGCUCCGCAGUUAAUUAAUUAACCGAUUAAACUCAGUGGUAUGAAUCUUAUGAUAAAAUUUCAUAGCUGGAUAAGUACUUGUUGUGAGUGUGGCUGGUUUCAUAAUAAAUAAAUCAAUAGAAAACGACAUAACUAAA